AUGGUGCUCGCGGCGGCCCGAGCCUGGUCAAAUAUCGAGCCGCUAGUUCCUGACCAUGUCACCGCGGCCACAGAUCCCCUGAAUUACGGCUACUACGUGCCCGAGCCGAUUCCCUACGACAUCUUCAACAACGUAUCACUGAUGGAACAGCGAAUAGCGGAGCUAGAGUACGCCAAUGUAGCCACAGGGGUGAAGGCCAACUCACAGUACGGCGUCUACAUUGACGAUUCGGGCAGGCAGCAAUUCCUUUAUCCCAAGAUCACCAUCAACAACACCGAGGCCUAUGUCAUAUCAGGAUUGCACCAGAUGCACUGCAUGAUGGAGAUGCUGCGCGAUUACGGCCUGCUCGUCAACGGGUUCCGCCCGCUGUGGAACGACCACCACGUUAUUCACUGCUUCAACAAAUGGUAUAGGUCCAUUGCCUGCUCUGCAGACAGUACGGCCGAGGGUUACCAGGAGCCAUUCGGCAGUGUGCCCAUGAGCGAGAUCCGCCGCGCGAGCUGGGCCAGCAGCGUGCCGCGGUGCCGCGACUUUCGCGCUCUUGUGCGAUGGGCUGAGGACCCGAUACGUGCCCUGCCCUUCCACUAUGAUUCGGGUCUUAACGUGACGGCUGUUUCUAGGUUGUCGGAGGAGUGUGACUUGACUAAGUGCCGUGAUGAGGGUGGUUGGAAGGGCCUGGACUGA